GUUAUCAAUUUAACACUUAUUUUAUUUUUGUUUCCAAAAUAUUUGAUUUAAAACCCCAACCAGAAUAUCUAACAACCUACUGUAAAUCCUCUAACAGCCUUUUCUGAUUUUCGUAAUGUUUUAACUUUUAACUUCGAAGUUUAGAAUUUUUCUCUGAGGAAACAAAAACGAAAGAGAAAAAAUGGAAAAAACAGGUUUCACCCUUACAUCAAUCCUCAUUCACUCACUCUGGAUCACUCUCACUGGAAUCCUCUUGUUCAGUCUCUCCAACACCAAAAAACAAAAAUUUGGUUACAUCAAAUUCUUUUCCAUUACCGGAACAUUACUCAUAACCUUGCCUUGGAUUAUCCAGCUUCUGGUCACUUGUGUUGUAAUAUUGCUGCAUAAGACCGAAGGUUACAAUCUCAUGUGGAUUGUUCAGUUACCAAAAUCUAAAAAGCUUCAUCACACGAAUGUCGCCACCACCACAACUACUUCUACUUGUUCAUCUCCUCUUUCGUCUCUCCAGGUUCUGAAGAAAGGUGAUGUGGAUGAGUACGAGAUUAGGAUUGUGAUUGGUGCUGAUGGUCCUAGAAGUCCAAAGGAUGGAUCUUCUGCAACGCCUUUGGAACUUCUCAAGGAGAUUGAACAAGGAAGAAAUAACACCAAACUUCUCACUAAUGGAUCACCUGUUGCUUCUUAAACUAUGACUCUGUUCUAUGUUCUGUUUUUUAUUUGUUUGUUUGUUUUUUUCCCAAACUUCAGCUGGUCUGAUACUUGUAGUGCUUACAAGUUUUUAUGAGUUUUUCAUUGUACGUUUCAGUAGUUUAAU